GCAAUGGCUCGCUAAAGUCAAGCGGCGCAACAAAACACACGGAGUCAGUGUUACUUUACCUUGAGAUUAUCAUGAUGUAUGGUGAGUUUGGCCGGGUUCCUGACGACGGCGGUGACCGUGUGACCCUGCUGCAGCGCCUGGUUGACCAGAUACUGACCCGUCUGCCCAGUGGCUCCCAGCACGGCGAUCUUCAUCCUCAGACUCUGAGACACAGACCUCAGUCAGACGAUGUGUUGAGCGCUCCGACCUCUUAAAGUUACUGCUGGGCGGUUCCCUCCCUGUUUCGCAAGUACAAGGUUAUUAUGCUCUGUCAUGUAAGAUUUAAAUUAUUAACACAGGGAUUUUCUGAUAAUCUUCGACAUGAUUCUAUGCAUAUCAGAGCGGAUGACCCAAUUGCCUGGUUUUUAACUGGUAUGUGUUGUCAGCUGUGAGACCUUACAUAGAGACACGCGUGUACCUUUCCAAAUAAUUUCCCAUCAUUUGAAUUGACCACAGGUGUCUUCUAGUCAAGUGUAGAAACAUCUCAAAGAUGAUCAAGAGAAAUAGGCGGAACCGGAGAUGCAUAUACAGUUGUAAUAGCAAAGUGCAAAUAGCAAAUGUGAUAUUUCAGUUUUUUCCUUUUUAAUACAUUUUCUUUUUUUUGGGGAGGGGGGGGGGGGGGUCAUUCUGUUUUCACUUUGUCAGAAUGGGGUAUUGCAGAGUGAUGGGGACAUUAUAAUUCAUUUUUACUCUACAAACAAUAAAAUGUGAAAGAGUAAAGGGGUCUGAACACUUACAAAAUAUAAAUAAGGGAAACCUGUAGGAGUAGAUUUGCCACCAAAGAUCAACAACACAGGAUUAGGACAUCUAUCUAAUUAUCUCCCUGGCUAUUUCUGUGAUUGGUUUAAUAGCAGUUGAGACUAAAUUAAUUCAAAUAUUGAUAAUUUAAAACUCAAAAAGAUUUGAGAGUGAGGCACUAGAAAAUUGUUGCAGACUAAUUUUGUGCUAUGAACAACUCAAUUACAUGACUUCACUGUUUUUCACACAUUUUCUCUUUUCAGUAACAUAUAGGGUUUUAACUCCCCACAAUUUGUAGUCAUUUGUUUUUUUUUAAAUCAGAGAUGCUGCCUUUUAUUCCCUCUUAGCAUUGAAUGACACAUGGGGAUACUCAGUUUGUAACUUGACAUCUUAUUAAAUCACCACCCCCAUCUUUUAUUGCUGGUGUGCAGUAAGAAAACAUCCAAUACUGUGGCAGAGACGUGGAAACUCAAAUCCAACCUGCAGUCAAGCGCGUCAAACACUGUGCGUCUUUGUUUAUGCCCAAACUGGGCUGAAUGGAUUAUGUGCGCGGCGGUGGAGGAUGAUGAGCUCGUUGAUCAGAUGCUCCACGAGGACACUGAGCAGAUACUGUUCACUGCACAUCGAAUGAUAUCGGUUAGGGAGAUGGUUCUACAGAAGAUCUACAGGAUUUCUUGGUAGUUCAUACAGUAGCUGCUAUGUUAUUGCCAAACGGAUGGCUUGGUGGGAUGGAUGAGGAGAACUCUCUCCUUUACUGAUUUCAUUUAUCAUGUGUAUUAUGUAAUCCAUAGGCAAACCUUGGAGCAGCAGUCUAAAGAAUGACAUGUACAGUAUUGGCCUGAACAUAGGAUGAUCUUGAUUUUAAACAGAUUUUUAGGAGUGAAUUUGGAAACGAUUGCUACAGAGCCACAAGUUCCACACACCUGGAUUCAGGAGGUUUAUUCCAAGUGUCUGACCUGCCAUCUUCAGUUCUCCACAGAUGUUCUAAGGGAGCUCAAGUCAGGGUCAGUCAGUCAGUGACUUGCCCAUAGCAUGAUGCCACCAUCACCAUGCGUCACCAUAGGGAUGGUGUUAGCCAGAUAAUAAUAAUAAUAAUAAUAAUAAUAAUAAUAAUAAUAAUAAUAAUAAUAUUAACAAUAAAUUUCAUUUAUAGAGCACUUUUCAUUGCAUAUGAACAGGUCCUGGUGUUUGCCAGACAUAGUGUUUGGAGUCCCGUCCCGCACUUUCAUGAAUGAGAAGUUUAGAAUUUUGGAUGCAUUUGCAAAGAAGAAUCUCAAGAAAUGUUAGGUUUGUCUUUUUUCGGUUUUGGAGAAAUAUGGUGGUGCAUUAGCGCCCCCAACUGGCAGGACAUGUUAUGUUGCGUUGUAAGCAGUGUUGACAAGUUUUGACUGACAAAAUGCUCAUAUGGCCUAUAUUUGUACACAUUCUUUGAAAAAUAAGUAUGCAGAUUGCUAUUUUAGCUGCUCCUGCAUCAUAAAUAUCAUUUCACAUACUGACAAUUGUCAAUCGAUCACUUUGAUAUGAAGGAAAACUUUAAAUGUUGACAAUUCUCAGGCAAGUUCUGUCGCGUCGUAAGCAAGGUUGUCAAAGGGUUUAUGUCGCUCAUAUUUGCACACAUGAUUUGGAAAAUUGAGAGUGCCGAUGUCACAAUUAACUGUUCCUGGAUUAUAAUUACCAUUACGCGCACUGACAAGUAUCCAAGCAAGUACUUUGAUACUAAGGAAAACGUUAAAACACAGUAUUUCUCAAGCGAGUUCUGCCUCAUACAACGAGUGUAUUUCUGUAUGAUUUCCGAGUUGGUACACGGAUAUUUGUAAAUCACAAUUAUGACUCCGGUUUUUGACACUAGUUGCUGCAAUGAAAAGAGGAGCUACUCUGUUAAUAAGCUUCCCUCUUUAAUGUAAAUAUGGUGGGGAAAAAAUUAUACAAUUCAGCAACAGAAAACACACGCCCCUUUCUGUGAUGUAAGCUUUUUUGUAAGCAGUGCAACAUACAUAAAUAAACAUAUAUACAUAAACAUUUGACCACUUUUCUCCGAAGCAUUCAUUUUAACGUAAUAUAGAGAUAAAACGAGAGCAGCUGCAGCUGUUAAACGUCGCAAUUCACAAACAAACGACAACUCACCGUCGCCAUGUAACGUCCGUAAGGAGGCGUUCAAGAGCCACAGCGGUCGGGUGUGUUUGUAAAGCAGCGGUUUUCAAAAGUUCAAAAUUUAUAUUUUUGACAACCCCCAAAUGUAUAUUCUAAAGGAAAAUUAUAAUCUAAACUGUUGAUUCACACGUUAGCCACACGUAAGGGACUAGAUUAUCUGUAAAGCCUAAAUUAUAUCAUGAAUCAUUAAAGCAUUUAUUGAAAGCAUACCAAUGGUACCUUAUCAGAACGUGGUAUUUAAAGUGGAAUACAAUAAAUACUAAUAAUGACUUUUUACAUGUGUGAUAAUAAAUGUUCAAUGUCAAAAAUUAUGUCUACCAGUUGUGACCAGGUCAGCAAAAGGGAUAUUCUAUUAUUUAAAUCAUUUUUUGAGACCUGAAACAGACCAGGGAUUUACCAAAAUACCUAUAAAAUGCAAAAAAGCAUAGCAGAAACAUGUUUGUUUUCUUUCUUUACUUAUAUUAGCCAACUUCUCCUAUUAAUCCUGUAAACGAUUUAUAUUGGGGCCCCUUGUGCUGUUCCAAUAUAAUACCAUAUUUUAGACUACUGCUAUUUCAGAUGUGGUAAAAAAUUUAAAAUCUAAAUAUAAGAUCAUAAAUAUACCUGACUAAAUAAUAUAGACUAUUAUAACUUUUGUUUGUGGUGAGGGGUUUGUGCUUUUCUCUCAGCCUUGGCCUCAACGCAAGUUCUGCUGAACAGAUCUGUGACGUCAGACCAGCCGUUUCAGCACAAACUGCAGCGAUGAAACAUGUAGGGAUCCCUCAUUUGGCCCAGUUGGUCAGGUAAUUGGUAAGAUCCCGAAAGAAACCAGUCAAGAAUUGAGUUUUGCUCUGAUAAAGUCACUUGAGCUCACGUGCAAAACACCAGCCUGGACUCAAACCGAGCACCUGUCAUCAAAAACACUUCCAGAACAACAACAACAAAACAAAGAUGCUACAGCCUCCCUCCUGCCUUGUAUGUUUACCUCCUCACUUUUCCAUCUUCCUAUAUAAAGACCAGUCUAGCCGCAUCAAGUCAUUAGCUCAAGUAAUCCACUUGUGGCUCGGCGCCUUGAUUAUGUGAUCGCACUGAGCAAGGCGAGGAGUCGACCAGCGUCACCACAGACCUGGGAAGAGCUGCACGGUGGAGAUACCUUCACACACGAGGCCUCUGUGGUGAGUUACUGGGCACCGCUGCCAUCCAUCGACCUCACAAUGACCAGUGUGACUCACGUGCUGCAGUUCCUGACCUGAUCCUGGCGGACCGGUGGAGUAUGAAACAGGGGAAAUGGCUGUUUGAGUCCUCGCCGACGAACCACUGACAGCCAAACAACUCGGGAACUGGUGACUGGAUAGAAGGAGGUGACCACGGACAGUCAUGGGAUGUGGCGUCACGAAGUCCAGCCAGUUCCACAAACACUCUGGAAAAGCCGUCACGACCAUAAGAGCUGCCGUCCUGAUCCAGCGAUGGUACCGUCAGUAUGUGGCCCGCAUGGAGCUGAGACGGAGAUACACCUGGCACAUCUUCCAGUCCAUCGAGUACUCCGGAGAACAGGCUCAGAUAAAGCUUUACAAUUUCCUCGGCUACCUCAUGGACAAUUUCACACCAGCCAGCAAUGAACGAAACCUGAUCUCGCACAUCUUCAGGGAGAACGAGGUUUGUCGGGACGCAGAGUGGGAGAGGUACUUCUGCUACAAGAACAUCGAGGUGCCCGAGAUUUACUCAGGACCUCAUCUCAUCUUCCCUCUGACGGUGGAGCAGGCAGUCGGGCUGGUGGAGGCCUUCAGGAACAAGAAACAGCUGCACUCACGCUACGUCCUCCAGCUCCUGCUGGAGACCUGGAGGCGGCUCCGGGUGUUGCCAAAUAUCAACCGCAUCUCCACCUGCCACAGUAAAGAGAUCACAAUUUGUGGCGAUUUGCACGGCCAACUGGAAGACCUGCUGCUGAUCUUCUACAAGAAUGGCAUGCCGUCCUUGGAGAAGCCCUAUUUGUUCAACGGCGACUUUGUAGACCGAGGCAAAGACUCCAUUGAGAUCCUCCUCAUCCUGUUUUCAUUCAUGAUCGUCUACCCAAGUGACGUCUACCUCAACAGAGGAAACCACGAGGACCAUAUAGUCAACCUGAGGUACGGCUUCACAAAGGAGGUGUUGACAAAAUACAAGUUGCACGGCAAACGGAUCCUGAAGCUGCUGCAGAAGAUCUUCAGCUGGUUGCCAUUGGCGACAGUGAUCGACCAGAAGGUGCUGGUUCUCCACGGAGGGAUCUCCGACACCACAGACCUCGGCGUCCUCAGCCGAGUGGACAGACACAAUUACGUAUCGGCGCUGAGGCCUCCGAAGAAGAAGCACAUUAGCUCGACGAGGACGUCCAUCGACUCGGACAUGGACGAGGACGUGUGGGGCGCCAACAAGUUGUUCCAGCGUCGGGCCUCCUUCACCUUCCCCAGACCUCUGGUAACCCGCGGCGGGUUCCACAACCGCUCGCUGCAGGACUUCUCUGACCGGAUCAGGGUGGUGGUGGUGGAGGAUGAGCUGGAGGUCCGCAGGAGGAGACAGUCGGCUUUCAUCUCGGGGAACAGCAGGCCAGAAAAUGAGGGGACUCCGAUCGCUUCCACCGACUCGGUCAACAGUGACAACACCAGGGAAGAAUGGAAGCAGAUCCUGGACCUGCUGUGGAGCGACCCCAUGACCCUGGACGGCUGCAUGCCCAACGAGGUGCGGGGCGGGGGCUGCUACUGGGGCCCCGACGUCACUGAAGACUUCCUGAACAGGCACAAUCUGCAGCUCAUCAUCCGCUCCCACGAGUGUAAACAGGAGGGUUACGAGUUUUGCCACAACCGCAAGGUCCUCACUCUGUUCUCCGCCUCCAAUUACUACGACGUGGGAAGCAACAGGGGCGCCUACGUGAAGCUGGGUCCAGACCUCGUGCCUUAUAUGAUCCAGUACCAGGCCACCAGCAUGACCAGAGAGCUCACUGUGAGACAAAGUGUCGGGCGAACCGAGCGCUCAGCCCUCAAGGUCCUGCGGGAGCAGCUGUUUGCGCAUAGGUCCGACCUCAUCUGUGCCUUUAAAAAGUUCGACAGCACCAACGCAGGUCUCGUGUCUCUGAACGACUGGGCCGCUGCCGUGGAGAGCGUGAUGCACCUCGGUCUGCCCUGGAGGAUGAUGCGCGGGCAGCUCGUCACCUGCAAGACCAGUGACGGCACGGUGGACUACCACGACUGGUUCAACGAGCUCGCCAUCAAAGGACCCAACACUGACCACAUUGACCAGAGUCUGCUCGAGACUCUGUAUCGCCACCGCUCCACCCUGGAGACCAUCUUCCGAAUCGUAGACACGGACAACUCAGGCUUCAUCAGCCAUGAGGACUUUCGGCAGACCUGGAAGCUGCUGAGCGUCUACCUGAAGAUGGAGAUCACCGACGAGGCCAUCUCAGACCUGGCCGUCACCAUCGACAGCAACCAGGACGGCAGCAUCGACAUCGACGAGUUCAUGGAGGCCUUCCGCCUCACGGACAAGAAGAGCCGGCUGGAGCGAGGGCGGAGCAUGUUCAUGGGCACGGCGCCCGACCUCACCAAGCUGGAGGAGGACCCCAGCAUUUGAGCGGAGGGCGGGUCUUAACCCUGAAGACUGGAAACAGGAGAGUGGCCCUCAGCUCGGACUCCUGAGCAGUGAGGCGGCGAAGGCGAGGGCGGCGAAGAUGCGGCUGACGCAGGCUGCUGCGGUGACGCGCGUUAAGACGCAGGGUGCUCCUGAGCGACAGCUGCGGGGAUUGCAUGGGAUCAGGAGGGGGUCAGAGGUCAGGGUGUUUGACGGUGAAUGUUCAUUUCACUUUGUGAAUCCGUUUCAUCCGCUGGAGGAGGAAGUGUGGGUGAAGCACGGCUGCACGAACAAGAAUUUGUUAUAAUAGUUUCAAUCUGUUGCAAAGAUCUGUAAAAAAUCUACAAACAGAAACAAAAAGGGUUCAUAUUUAGGCUGCAUGAUUAUUACAAUAACAUUACUAGAUACAGUGAUCCCUGUUAAGUUUGCAUUUGUAUGCAUAUCUGUCAUUAUUUUUUUAACAAUAUGUUUUGACUCUUGAAAAGAGUAACACCUGCACACCGUCUUCAGAUUUGAUCAGGUUGAAAUGUUUGAUCUUAUCUGCAUUAUAAGUUAAUCUGCUGGUGAUUUUCUCAAUUAGAUGAAAGGAAAAUCGCAAAAAAGACAGUUUCAAGAUAACAUUCAAUCCAAAUCCCAAAUGCAUUCAGUUUACAAUUAUGUGCAACAAACACAAACAUUUAUUUGUGUUACUGCUGAGAGUAUGGAAAGUUUUUGACAAGAAAUGAUUACAAACAAUGGACCUGAAUUAGUUUCAUCAAGAUAACACUAUAUAGAUACUAUUAGAAACUGACCCAAAAA